AGGAGAGCUUUGGACUAAUCAGCACUUGAGCCUCGCGCGAGCAAGCGUCAGGGUCGACGAGCGCGCGCUCUGGAGGUCCUGGAGCGACUACUCAGUGCAUUCGCCCGACACUACAGGGGCGAUAGACACGAAACAGUGGCUCACGUUUGAUUUUGCACGGUCCUCUCUGUGUAAUAUCGUCUCCGAAUGAACAGCCAUGGGGGAAUGGACAAUUCUCGAGCGUCUCCUGGAGGCGGCUGUCCAACAGCACUCUACUAUGAUCGGGAGGAUCCUACUGACAGUGGUGGUGAUCUUUCGGAUUCUAAUCGUGGCGAUUGUAGGGGAGACCGUGUACGACGACGAGCAGUCCAUGUUCGUGUGUAACACCUUGCAGCCGGGCUGUAACCAGGCUUGUUACGACAAAGCGUUCCCGAUAUCUCACAUCAGGUACUGGGUCUUCCAGAUCAUCAUGGUGUGCACCCCGAGUCUUUGCUUCAUCACCUACUCGGUGCAUCAGUCCGCCAAACAGAAGGAGCGGAGAUACUCUACAGUCUACCUCUCCCUAGAUAACGAUCCCGAUUCGAUGAAACGAGACGACAGCAAAAAGAUCAAAAACACCAUCGUGAACGGAGUACUUCAGAACACGGAAAACUCCACCAAAGAGUCCGAGCCCGACUGUUUGGAAGUGAAAGAGAUCCCCAGUUCAGCCAUGAGAACUACCAAAUCUAAAAUGAGAAGGCAAGAGGGCAUCUCACGCUUUUACAUCAUUCAGGUGGUUUUCAGGAACGCGCUGGAGAUCGGCUUCUUGGUGGGUCAGUACUUCUUGUACGGGUUCAAUGUGCCCGCGGUGUACGAGUGCGAUCGGUACCCUUGCAUCAAAGACGUCGAGUGCUACGUUUCGAGACCCACGGAGAAAACCGUGUUCCUCGUCUUCAUGUUCGCGGUCAGUGGGAUUUGCGUAGUGCUCAACCUAGCGGAACUCAAUCACCUGGGAUGGAGGAAAAUUAAAACGGCGGUGAGAGGGGUGCAAGCCCGGAGGAAGUCCAUAUAUGAGAUCAGAAACAAGGACUUGCCACGGAUGAGUAUGCCGAGUUUCGGACGCACCCAGUCAAGUGAUUCUGCCUACGUCUAACGUGCUUCCUUCGUAUAGGCUAGUAUAGAUUCAUUAGAUUAUAUAGAAGAAAAGUUACGAUAUGAACUCUUCAUCUCACCUGCAUCAUGGUGGGGUAGAUUGAUUUUAUGUGUCUAUUAUGGACAACCAGAACAAACGGACCAAACGUUUGUUUCUUAUCAGAAACAGAAAUGGCACUGAUGCAACUUUUUUGCGUUGUUUAUAUUUGUAUUGGUCCGGACGAAAAACGAACGAUAUUUAUUUCUUUGUUCACAUGAUCGGCUAAACCUGAAUAUGUUUUGCACUAAAUAUGGAUAUGAAGAAGCCAAACUAACCCGAUUUGUGCUGUGAAGUUAUUAUUAUUAUUUUUGUCAUAAAUAUAUAUACUCAUGCUUCAAACAAUACUCUGGUUUUAGAUAGUAGCACAUAAGAUAGUUUCAAUUUACUCACCGCAAAGAAUUAGUGCAGUUGAUAAAUGUUUAUCCAAACUAAGUGAAUCAUAUUUCUCUUUUAGGUUAGAUCAAAUAGAUUGACAUCUUUAAUGAUUUGGUUGCCUUUGCUUGCACCACUGACCUUAACGUAAAUUAUUGUUCUGUUGCAUUUAAGCUGACUUCCAGAUCAGUAGCCGGUGAACUGAAUAAUGCUGCAUAAUGCAUAAUAACUGUUUGUCUUUUUAAUUUGUUUGUCUGUUUGUUUGUUUAUUUAUUUUGACACCAAAGCACCCAUUGCUUUCAUCUGUGGGAAACUGAUCUCUUGCUUUUACAGUAUGUAUUCAAGUGCCAUAUAUGUACAUAGACAUAUAAAUAUUAUAGUAAAUUGUAAUCCUUAACGUGAGGUAUGAAUUCCAUGAACUCUUUGCGUGGACUGCUGUAAAGGACAUCCUAUAUCCCUUUAAUGUGAGAUGUUGGGAACAGAAGAUUGAACAAACAUCCAUAUAUAUUUUGCAUUCAUGAAAAGUAUGAUAUUGCAUUUAAAGUACAUAAAAGCACAGUUGAGUAAAUAAGUGAAAAAAAAGGUUGAGAUUAAUUUCCCCUGGUGCUUCUAUUUCUCCAAAAAAAAAAAAGUGAUGUUAGUAGAUUAUGUGAGAUACAA